GUGACUGCCCAAGAUGGCUGCUUCCUUGACCAGACGACGGGCCGCAGUAAGCGGCUUGUGCGUCUUCUCCAGACAACGAAUAUUCCUUAAGCAACCGCAUCUCAAGACUGAGCCAUGCAGGACGUUGCAAACAGCGGGUGCACUCAGGCACUGCAGUUCGUGCAAAGUACUAAAAAACGCUCAUCUUUGGUCACGCUCCGCGGUCGGGUUGCCGGACCAGCGCUACUUCGCGACCCUUCCCGAAAAGGACAGUGUAGCCGUGGAUCCCAAGCUUCUGCUGAAGUACUUCCAAGUCGUGGCCAAGGAGCUCAGAGACGUGGAGACGGAACUGCUGCGUCGUUCGCUGGACGCGAAGAGGACCAAGGAGCUGAACGACAAGGUGGCGCGGUUGUCGGGAAUCGUGCGCCUCUUCGAGAAAGUCAACACUCUCAGAAAGGAAGUCGAUGGCCUCAAAGACUUGGAAAAAGAUUUUGCCAGGACGGGUGAUAACGAAAUGCUCAGUAUGGCUCUGGACGACCUGAAGAAGUGCGAAAUCGAAAUACAAGAUAUUUAUGACCAGAUUCUAGAGCAAAUAGUUCCCCCGGAUCCCGUUGACUCGAGCGAGGUGCUUCUUGAGCUGACAGCCGGUGUUGGUGGCCAGGAAGCCAUGCUGUUCACUGGAGACAUCCUGCAAAUGUACAUGCACUACUGCAGGUGGAAAGGCUGGACCUGUACCCCGCUGGACUACGAAACCGCUGACCAAGGAGGCGUACGGCACGCCUCUUUAAACAUUGGUGGAAGAGACGUGGGGAAGUUUCUCAAGUUUGAAAGCGGUGUCCAUCGAGUCCAGAGGGUGCCGGCAACGGAGAGGUCGGGCCGCAUACACACCAGCACAAUGGCCGUUGCGGUCAUGCCGAUGCCAAGUGAGGUUGAGGUUGACGUCAACCCGAAGGACCUAGUCAUGAAAACGAAGAAGGCUAGUGGCCCAGGAGGUCAACACGUGAACAAGACCGAGUCAGCAGUACAGAUACUACACACUCCAACCGGAAUCAUGGUUGAAUCGAGCAAGGAGCGCUCACAGCUCAUGAACAAAGAAAUAGCCCUGAGGAUAUUGCGAGCAAAGCUCUACCAGAUGGAGCUUGAAAAGCAGCUCAGCCAACACUCGGCCCAGAGAAAACUUCAGGUAGGGUCAAGAGGCCGUUCCGAGAAGAUCCGAACGUACAACUACGCACAGGACCGUGUCACCGACCACAGGAUACCUAUAACAGUCCACAACAUCGAGGAGUUUCUACAAGGAGAGGAAUUACUUGACAAUGUGAUACAAAGACUACUUCAAGAGUCGAGGAAAGAAAUAGUCCUCGAAGUGUUGCAGCCAGUAGUAAAGUGAUUACAAAUACC